ACGAACGUUCAGUUUGAAUUUGGAUUGCAGUGAGAACGGUUUGAAUUGAAUUUGCGCGCCAAAAAAGUUGUCCCCGCUGAUAUCGUUGAUCGAAGAUAUGGCCCUGUCCAGAGUGCUUCCGGCGGUGACGAUCGUCACCGUGGCCUUGUUCUGCAUUCACGCAAACAGCCAAUCAUGCCCCGAUAAGAAUGGUCGAUUCCCAGUGUCUGGCGAGUGUGAUGCCUACAUCGAAUGUGUUGAAGGUGUCCCGAAUCGUAAACUCUGCCCCGAUGGACUACUGUUCAACGAUAAAGCAAGUUUGUUCUCCUACCCGUGCCAGUACCCGAUUGACGUAGACUGCGGCAGCCGAACACGAACCCAACCUGCUAUUCCAACGGAAGACUGUCCCCAUCAGUUCGGAUACUACAAAUUGGGUGAUCGAGCAGAUUGCGGUCGUUUUAUGAACUGCGACAACGGCCGCGGACACGUCCUGGAAUGUCCGUACGGUCUUGCUUUCAACAGUGCCACCUACCAGUGCGAUUGGCCCGAUCUGGUUGAGGAAUGUGACGCAGCCGCCUACCUUGGGUUCAGUUGUCCACCCCAGGGAGAGCUCGUUGCUCCGGUAAGGUUCUUCCGGGCCCCGGACAACUGCCAGAAGUACUUCAUCUGCGUUAACGACAGCCCACGAGUUAACCUCUGCGGACCGGAACAAGCCUUCAAUGAACUCAUCAACGCUUGCGACGGCUUCGAAAACGUCACCGGAUGUGCUUUCUGAAGCUGAGGUGAAUCUGGUAGGAUUGUAAAUAACACACCUUGCAAAAUACUCAAUCACUUAGCACUUAGGACUUAGUUCGGUAUACUUCAGAAAUAAAAUUUCUAGAAAUUGUAAA